AUGGAUCUGCCUUACUACCACGGCUGUCUGAUGAAACAAGAGUGUGAAACUUUGUUGCUCAAGGAAGGAGAAAAUGGCAACUUUCUGAUAAGAGACAGCUAGUCUAUACCAGGAGUCUUGUGCUUCUGUGUCUUGUUUAACAACUGUGUCUACACAUACCGAAUCUUUAGAGAGAAACAAGGAUACAGGAUAGAGAGUAUGGAAGGUGUUCCAAAAUCAGUCUUUCCAAACCUAGAGGAAUUGGUCUCCAGGUUUAAAAACCCAGAUCAAGGACUGGUGGUUCACCUUUCAAAGCCAAUAAGGAGACCCAGCCUCUGCAUGAGACAGAGAAGAUCACAAUUAGUCCUGAAUGAUAUUUGUGAGAACAAUAACGAUUAUGUGGAAGUCUUGCCUUGA